CGCGCGUCGGCCGCGGCGCCAAUUGGCGAGCGACGGGAGCGCGGGGUUUGAUGGGAAGGAGUUGGCCGGGCCACUCUCUCUGUCAGUGGCUGCUGCUGCCUGCUCCGGAGGCAGGCUGCGCGGUGGCGGCCGAGACUGGCUGGGGUGGACGCCCAGGCCGGGCUGCGCCCGAUCCUCGCAGCUGUGAAUGCCUUUGGACAAUUGAUGAUAUUUAUCAUUGUGCCCAGUUUCUACAAAUAAAAGAUGGGUGGAUUAUUUUCUCGAUGGAGGACAAAGCCUUCAACUGUAGAAGUUCUAGAAAGUAUAGAUAAGGAAAUUCAAGCAUUGGAAGAAUUCAGGGAAAAAAAUCAGAGAUUACAAAAAUUAUGGGUUGGAAGAUUAAUUCUGUAUUCCUCAGUUCUCUAUCUGUUUACAUGCUUAAUUGUAUAUUUAUGGUAUCUUCCUGAUGAAUUUACAGCAAGACUUGCCAUGACACUCCCAUUUUUUGCUUUUCCAUUGAUCAUCUGGAGCAUAAGAACAGUACUUAUUUUCUUCUUUUCCAAGAGAACAGAAAGAAAUAAUGAAGCACUGGAUGAUUUAAAGUCCCAGAGGAAAAAAAUACUUGAAGAAGUCAUGGAAAAAGAAACUUACAAGACGGCUAAAUUAAUUCUUGACAGGUUUGAUCCAGACUCAAAGAAAGCAAAGGAGUGUGAGCCGCCAUCUGCUGGAGCAGCUGUAACUGCAAGAGCUGGACAAGAGAUUCGUCAGCGAACUGCAGCUCAAAGAAACCUUUCUCCAACACCAGCAAGUCCUAACCAGGGCCCUCCUCCACAAGUUCCAGUAUCUCCUGGACCACCAAAGGACAGUUCUGCCCCUGGUGGACCCCCAGAAAGGACUGUUACUCCAGCACUACCAUCAAAUGUGUUACCAAGACAUCUUGGAUCCCCUGCUACUUCAGUGCCUGGAAUGGGUCUUCAUCCUCCAGGUCCACCUUUAGCAAGACCUAUUCUCCCCCGAGAACGAGGCGCUUUAGAUAGAAUUGUUGAAUAUUUGGUUGGUGAUGGUCCACAGAACAGGUAUGCACUUAUAUGUCAGCAGUGUUUUUCUCAUAAUGGCAUGGCUUUGAAGGAAGAAUUUGAAUAUAUUGCUUUUCGAUGUGCCUACUGUUUUUUCUUGAACCCCGCAAGAAAAACCAGACCUCAGGCUCCAAGACUUCCCGAGUUUAGUUUUGAGAAGAGGCAGGUGGUGGAAGGUUCAAGUUCAGUUGGUCCCUUGCCAUCAGGAAGUGUGCUUUCAUCAGACAACCAGUUUAACGAAGAAUCUUUAGAACAAGAUGUUCUUGGUAAUAGUACAGAGCAGACAGAUGACAAAAUACCAGCUACAGAACAGACAAACCAAGUGAUUGAAAAAGCAUCUGACUCAGAGGAACCAGAGGAGAAAGAAGAGACUGAGAAUGAGGAAGCCUCAGUGAUUGAAGAGAAAGAAGAGACUGAGAAUGAGGAAGCCAACUCCACAGUUCCCAGAGUUGAUUCUAUUCCUGAUCCUGAACUAAGUGGAGGGUCUUUGGUGGCAGAGUAGUAAAUGCUUCUGCGUGCUUUCAACUGGAUGUUUAUAGUCUUGUUGAUGUCAGUUAUUGCUUUUUCGGUGGUACUUUCUUUUCUUGCCCCUCUAAGAGUAUGCUUCUGUAUCAUUUGAAUUCAGAUUGCCUAGCUAUUUGAACAUCACAAAGUUAUAUAUAUUGGGUAUUAAAAUUAAAAUCAAGUGAUAUCAGUGAAGUAAGAUCCUUUUGAAUGUACAAAGACCCACAUUAUUGAGACAGCUUUUAGAUAUUUUUUGUCCAUUCUAAAAGUAAACAAACAUGAUUGCAUUUUGUUUUCUGUCUGUAUAACCUGUAAAUAUCCGUCUUGGCAUAGGAAGAACUUUGGUUAACAGUAAGUUCUCUAAUUGUGUUUGUUUUAAGGAAUGAAACUCAGUUAAGAUUUUGACUACUUCAUUAUUAAAAAUUGAUAGAAGCUUAGCUCCUGAGAUAUUUACAACUGGGGGAAAUGUCUACUUAGGUGUUUACAUUGAGUGGUAUGAAAGUUGUAGUUAUUACUACAUAGUCACUGGUACGAAUUCUCAAUAAGAAUGCAAUGGAACAGUUAAGUAAAACUGUAACUACAUAGGCACUGGUACGAAUUCUCAAUGAGAAUGCAAUGAAACAGUCAAGUGCAGUGUUUCUUUUUGAUGUCUUUUAACUGGGCCAAAGGCACAUGAUGUAUGUAAUUAGUUUAUAUUUACACAUUAGCAUAUAGGAAAUAUUUCUGCACUUGACUGUACUUGAAUUCUGAGCAUUAUUUAUACAUGUAAAAUGAUGAUAUAUAUGUGAAUUUUGUGCUCUUGUUUGUAUUUUAUUAAGGAAAAUAAAAAUAAUCUGGCAUCAGUUUCAUUUUGUUAAAUAUCUAGUCUUCUUCAAACAGUAUCUUGGUGGAUGACUUGGCUACCUGAAAAAUCUGAGGAGGAAGAGCUCACAAUACAAUACAUCUGUAGAUUCUGCUUAGAGCAAAUUAUGAUACUUUUAUUCAGACUUGUUUCCUUUCUAGUUAAGAGAAAUAGUGACAUUUAGAGGUUCUAAUCAGAAGUUAGGUUUUUCUGAUUCAGGAACAUCUUAGGCCAGCCAUUUGUAAUUUUUAACUUUGAGAAACAAGUUUUGUGAGAAUAGGUAGUGAGUUGCUGGUAGUUAAUUGAAUUUAAUAUUUGUAUUAAGGAUUAACUGGAAAAAAACUUAACUCAGUGGUAAUUCUUGGACCUUAAAUACAGUGUGAUUAUCUGUUAUGGCCUCCUUUUAUCUGUCUUCUCCAAUAUUAAAAAAAAUAGAAAUAAGUUAUUAUGCUGAAGGGAAAAAUAUACCUGUAUAAGAAUGGUGUGUCUGGCUAAUGUUUCUAAGUUAUACGCAGUUUCUGAAAAACUGAACAAAAUAUUUUUAUCAUUUAAAAAUCUAUUUUUAUGAUUUGAUAUCUCCUAUGUGACUGUUGUUUUUUUUAAGGAACUCAAUCUAUUAACAGUCUGGGACAUCUUGGUAUAGUAACCAGAGUUUUUGAGCCUACCGUAUUGGGCUUAAAUUCCAUGACUGUAGUCUUGGGCAAGUCACCUAACCUCACUGAGAUUAUUUUUUUCAUCUGUAAAGUGGGAAGAAUUAUAUUUAUUUUUGAGACGUAUUGGGAUAAUUAAAAAUAAUUUAAUGUGCCUAGCACCCUACCUGAUGAUGGCAUUUGUUCUUAUUGACGCCUUUAAAAUAUGAAAGGACCAUAAGUUUUUCCUCUUGUAGAUGAGGAAAUUAAAAAGGAAUAUGAAUGUGUAAUUCAGCUGCUCAGAUUCAAGCCAAUGUUUUCUGUAUCAACUUUUCUUUAUUGUAUGUAUGUGUAUAAAUACAUAGAUUAAGGAAAUAGGAAGCUGAAACUAUAGAAUAUAAUCUUUUUUAAGGUGAUGAAUUUCAUCAGGUUCUUUGUGUGUUAUUGACCCAUACACAUUUUAGCAACAUCUUGCUUAGUCAUGUUAUAAAACAUUCAAAUUCUGAUAUACAUUGCUUGAAAAUGAGUGAGUACCUUAGAGACAUUUGAUGGACUCAAACAGAUAUUAUGACAAAUAUCUUUGAAAGAAAUAUGAAGGAAGGUUAAAUGGGGAUUAGUAAAAUUAAUGCAAUAGGUAACAUAUUUGUAACCAUGUAGUAUCCUUUAAGAUAGAAAAGCUUAUUCUGAUAUUAUUUUAAUAAACAGUUAAUGGUUGAAAC